AUGAGCAAGCCGGCAGGAUCAACAAGCCGCAUUUUAGAUAUCCCCUGCAAAGUGUGUGGUGACCGCAGCUCGGGGAAACACUACGGGGUCUACGCUUGCGACGGCUGCUCGGGGUUUUUCAAGAGGAGUAUCCGAAGGAAUAGGACAUAUGUCUGCAAAUCUGGAAACCAGGGAGGCUGCCCGGUAGACAAGACACACAGGAACCAGUGCAGGGCGUGUCGGCUGAAGAAGUGUUUGGAAGUCAACAUGAACAAAGAUGCUGUGCAGCACGAGAGGGGUCCUCGGACAUCCACCAUUCGCAAACAGGUGGCCCUCUACUUUCGUGGACACAAGGAGGAGAACGGGGCAGCCACGCACUUCCCGUCCGCUGCUCUGCCAGCUCCCGCCUUCUUCACCGCGGUCACACAGCUGGAGCCGCACAGCCUGGAGCUGGCCGCAGUGUCCGCCACUCCAGAGCGUCAGACCCUCGUGAGCCUGGCUCAGCCCACACCCAAGUACCCCCACGAAGUGAAUGGUACCCCAAUGUAUCUCUAUGAAGUAGCCACAGAGUCAGUGUGUGAAUCAGCUGCCAGGCUUCUUUUUAUGAGCAUCAAGUGGGCUAAGAGUGUGCCAGCUUUUUCCACGCUGUCUUUGCAAGACCAGCUGAUGCUUUUGGAAGAUGCUUGGAGAGAACUGUUUGUUCUAGGAAUAGCACAAUGGGCCAUUCCGGUUGAUGCUAACACUCUACUGGCUGUAUCUGGCAUGAAUGGUGACAACACAGAUUCCCAGAAGCUGAACAAGAUCAUAUCUGAAAUACAGGCUUUACAAGAGGUGGUGGCUCGGUUUAGACAGCUCCGGUUAGACGCUACUGAAUUUGCCUGUCUGAAAUGCAUUGUCACUUUCAAAGCUGUUCCUACACACAGUGGUUCUGAACUGAGAAGUUUCCGGAAUGCUGCCGCCAUUGCAGCUCUUCAAGAUGAGGCUCAGCUAACUCUCAACAGCUACAUCCAUACCAGAUACCCCACGCAGCCUUGCCGCUUUGGAAAACUCCUGUUGCUUUUGCCAGCUUUACGUUCUAUCAGCCCAUCAACCAUAGAAGAAGUGUUUUUCAAAAAAACCAUCGGCAACGUGCCAAUUACAAGACUGCUUUCAGAUAUGUACAAAUCCAGUGAUAUCUAA